UAGACUAAGGAUUGGAAAUUGAGGAUUGCGGAUUGAAGAUUAGAUUUUGACGAAUCAGCAAUUUUAUUCUUGGCUUAAUUUGUUUUAUUUAGUCAAGUUCCAACCUUCAAGCCCCAAUCCUCAGUCAUUAAUGUAUAAUAUGAUACAAACAUAAGAGCCAUAACACUGUAUUAUUGAUGAAUCAUUCUGUGUUGAACACAUUUACACCAAUGUCCUCUGUGUCCCUUUGGAAAACACUCAAUUAUAUCGAGAUAUCGGUUGUGUUCAGAGAAAAGAUUCUUCCCCAGAGAAAGUUACUUUGAAACUUGUAAAAUUCAUGAAUUUAACACUCUUGCUCUUGAUCAUGGCAUGUAUUUAAGAGCAUAUACCAAUUAGAUUUACGAAUAUUACAGAUGCCAAGCUGCUUUGCUGUUGUAAAAUACAUAAAUCUGAUUGGCAUAUACUGUUAGAUCCAACUAAAAUUAAAAGCAUAUAACAAUCAUAUUGUCGAAUUUUAUAACAGUUACAAAGUAGCUUUCUCUGCUUAAUACAGCCAUUAUCGUUUGGUGCGAAACUAACUGUAUCCAUGUCUAAGAAGAAGAAAAAUUAAAAGAAGAACAAUAAUUUCAAAAUUUGACAACAGAGAAACAGGAGAUUCUUUUUAUUAUAAUUCUGUAUCAACAUAUCCUCGAAAGAUGUCCACCAAAACGUAUUCCUCGAAAAUGUCCACCAAAACUACAAAGGAAUCAAAACCAUUAGUUUCGACAACGAUGGUGGUUGAAAGCUCCUCCACUUUUAAAGAUACGAUCAAACCUAGCAACGAAUUUAUGCAAGUUUUCAAAUUAACAUACAUAUUUUCUAAAGUUCAAAGUAAAUUUAACAAAAAACAAAUCAGGACAAUCGAAAUAAAAAUGGACAAAUUGUUUCAUAAAGUAAUCAACUCGCAAGAUACAAAAUUUGAAGAUAUUAUAACUCUUGCAUAUAUUUGCGAACAUAUGUGUUUUACAUACAUGAAGUCAGAUCAGACAGAAAAGCUAUCUGCUGCUAAAGACUACAUUCUGCGUUGUUUACAUUUGAUAAAAGACAAAGAGCUGCAUCCCAAAAUUAUUUUGCUGACUUUAAGAGCGUAUAGUCAGUUAAGCGUUAUUUAUCAUAAACAACGGAAGCUGGAGAGUGCUAUAGAAACACUUGAUAAAGCUGUAGAUUUAUAUUUGAUAUAUAUAGAAAAACAUAGCGAGUACGAUAUUCCCAUCGAUUACGAAGAUAUUAUUAUUAAACCAUCUGAACAAAUAAAUGGUUAUUCGAAAUUAAAAGCUUUAUAUAUAUUUAUUUUAGAAAUAUCAACAGAUAUACAUUCAAACAUGAAAUCAAAAGUUAGUGAAAGUUUUAUGCUAUCUCGUCAUUUGCUUUUAGUCGAUAAUUUGGAUUGUUUACAAACAUCUGAGGAAUGUGUACAAUGGACUGAAAAAGCAACGAUAGUAUGCAAUUAUUUAGUCAUUAGCAACCGAUUCGCAGAAGCCAAAAAUUACAUUAAGCAAACAUGUCUUGUACAAAGAGCCAUAGUUGCAAAAUACGCUGAAAAUAUCGGAAAGGCAUCUCUUUCGGAAAUAUCCAUGUUACUUCAACAAAUCAUAACCACGUCCAAAUUAAUUAUUUUAUGCCAGAUGAGGUACGGUGCUGCGCUCUUAUGUCAGUCGAUGAAACGACUGCUACGGUUAGAAAAAAACGUAGAUUCUAAAACUAACAACUCAAUAAAUAAAGAGCUAUCAAACUCGGAGGGACGGCCAUUGCGGAGAUUACUAUUAUUCUAUCCAAAUGCGGAAAAGUAUUACCCCAAUAUGUACAAUGUGAUCCCGUUUACUUACAUAUUGAAAUAUAACGAAGCUCAGAAAGAGUUUUCCUAUAUUCUGAACAUGAUGUAUAUAUUAAAGUUACAUCUUGACUUUGUCGAAGAUGUAAACUUUUAUAUUCGAUGUAGAUUAUACACAUCUAACAUGUACAAAUAUAUGGUAUUUUAUGAAAAAGAUACAGCCAGUCAGUUUUUACUACAAAAAAGGUGCGCAGAAAUUUUAGAAGAAGCUGCAAAUUUUUUAGGAGAUAGGAAUAAUUCUAAAUUACUGAGACACUUAUGGCUUCAACUGACAAUUGCUUAUUCUACCCUGAUAGACAUGAAACUAGAAGAUAUAGAGGAAGCUAACCUACCAUAUUUGUCCCAAAAACAUAUUGCACUUGUUGAUGAAAUUAACGUUCUAGUAGCAAAGAGCUUAAUAUUCCUACGAAAGUAUAUGUACUCUAAAUAGAUUGUCACGACGGUGAUGUCGGAUGUCUUAUUCGAAACGAAAUGACAGUAAUGUUAUAAUGAAUAACGAGUAUAUAUUAAAGUUUAUGCAGCCGAUAAAAAAUAAAUUUUUUACAUAUAAUUAUGUACAAUUAUAUAAAAUUAUUUAUAUGUAAUCAUAUAUAUAAUUAUGCAUAAUUGUAUAUAUUUAUAUAUAACUAUGUACAAUUUAAUAUGAUUAUAUAUAAUUGUACACAAUUAUAUAUGGACGAAUUUUGUAUAUAAUAAUAGAUGGAAAAUUUGUAUCGGGCAAUUACUGUUGAAAUUAUUAGAGGUAUAUUAGAGGUGAUCUUAAAAAAUUUAAUUUUGUAUUGAGAACAAACCAAAUUCCUUCGAAUAAUUAUCGAUUUAUUUUGGUCUACUCAUUCUUUAAUUAAUCACAAACCUGUAAAAGUGCGCACUUCGACAAACUUUGCAUCAUUUUGCGUAAUUUAUAAGAGAACAGGAGAUUUUAUGCGUAUACGGACAAUGAAAAGUGUAAAAAAUCUUAAAGAUUUAGGCGCAAAUAAAAUAAAAUAUACAA